CGAAGCAAAUCUAGACAACAAACCCCAAGUCUCUUCGUUCAACUCCCCCUCAAUUUCACCGGAAUCCAAUUCUGUUCUGAAUGCCCGGAAAAUUCGCCGCCGAUCCGACGCCGUUUUGAUCCGGUGACCUGAGAACGGAGCAGUGAGUGAUCUAGAUCCGAGUUUCCGGCGCGGCAUUCGUCCGAUUGGCAUCUCCGGAGCUGAAGCUUCGAGGUUUCGGGAUCGCAGUCACUGUGAGGUCUGGAGAAGCCGGUGUUUUGAUUCUGGUGUUGGUAAUUCGAGUGUUACUGUGAGUAAUUCCGGGAAUGGUGAAUUUCGGUGGUGUGAUUUGGAGUUGAGCGGAGGCGUGGAGUGGUGUCAGUGGGAGCUGAAUUGGAGUGUGAGUUAGGUUUUGGUUUUCGGUGGCGGUGGUUUGGUUGUGGUGGUCUGCAAACUGGCGAAAUCUAGGGUUUCGGAGGUUGGUUCAGGUUGAGUUUUAUUAGGUUUUGAGUGCAAUUUGAGCCUCUGGUACAGUUUUCUGUAAGAAUUUGUGCAAUUCUGUUUUCGAAGUUUUUGGUUCGUGUUUGACUUGGUCAUGCUCUGUUUGUCAAUUCGUUGGUAGUGAAAUUGAGUUUCAUUUUGGUGCAAUUUGGCGCCGACGAAGCAGAGAGGGGUUUGGUUUGUUUAGGUGAAACCGUGAGAGCAGUUAGUUUUGUUGGUGUAUGAUGAGUUGCUGGUUCAAUUUGGAGAGAUUUGGGUGGUGGUUUUGAGUUUUGAAGGUUUUAAGUGGUUAGAGAUAUGCCUCCUUCUCCGGCAUUGAGGUGCUCUCCUGGCCGAGAGCCGAGAGGGAACCACAGACGAGGUAGGAGUUUCGAGGCUGGGAUGCUUGUGAGAGAGAAAGAUGAAGAUCUGGCAUUGUUCAAUGAAAUGCAGACCAGGGAGAAAGAGGAUUUCUUGCUUCAGUCAGAUGAUCUUGAAGACACAUUUUCUACAAAAUUGAGGCAAUUUUCGGAUUUUAAGCUGGGAAUCGCCAUUCCUGCACGGGGAGAGAGUAGCGACUUGCUUAAUGUGGAAGAAGAGAAAAAUGACUACGAGUGGUUAUUGACGCCUCCUGACACCCCGCUUUUUCCAUCCUUGGAUAAUGAGCCACCACUUGUUAAUACGACAGAGAGGGGGAGACCUCGAAGUCAACCUAUUUCUAUAUCAAGAUCAUCCACGAUGGAGAAGAGUUACCGAAGCAGCAGGGGUAGUGCUAGUCCCAGUCGCCUAAGCCCAUCUCCUCGCUCUGCGAAUAGUACAUUACAGUCAAGAGGAAGGCCAUCAUCAGCACGUAACUCCAGUCCUAACCCAAGUCUACGUCCUGCUUCUCCCUCACGUCCUGCUACUCCAUCACGUUCUGCUACUUCGUCACGUCCUGGUACUCCAUCACGGAGACCAUCUACUCCCCCUAGUAAAUCCCCAUCUCCUGCUCCGAGGUCUUCUACCCCUACUCCCAGGAGGAUGAGCACUGGGUCCAGUGGUACUGUGGCCCCACCGGGGAGAAGGGGGACUUCUCCCGUAACGGCAAGUAGAGGGAACUCUGCUUCACCAAAAAUAAAAGCAUGGCAAACAAAUAUUCCAGGUUUCUCCAGUGAUGCACCUCCUAACCUUCGCACUUCUCUUGCUGAUCGACCGGCAACAUAUGUGAGGGGUUCCUCUCCAGCAUCUAGAAGUGGGAGGGGUUCCUCACCUGCAUCUGGAUACAGAAGGCAGUCAAUGUCUCCAACUGCUUCGAGAAGUGUCAGUUCAUCUCAUAGUCAUGAUAGAGACCCAUUUAGUUCUCAGAGCAAAGGUUCCAUUGCCUCUUCUGGUGACGAUGAUCUGGACUCCCUGCAAUCUCUACCUGUGGGCAGUUUAGACCGAUCAACUCCGAGAAGAGUUUCUGCUUUUUCAAACAACAGAUCUGUGGCAUUCUCAAAGAAAUCAGCCAAACUGGUGUCUGCAUCUUCUGCUCCAAAAAGAUCUUUUGAUUCUGCUAUUCGACAAAUGGAUCCUCGGAAAACCCCAACCCCGCAAAACAUGUUUAGGCCGCUCUUGUCCAGUGUUCCGAGUAGCACCUUCUAUGUUGGAAAAUCAAGUUCUGCGCAUCGUCCUCUGAUUUCCAGGAACUCCUCAGUCACAACUAGCAGCAAUGCAAGUUCUGAUCUAGGUACAAGUGUUGCACAUGAUACUGAAGGGAGUGAUCACAACCAGGAUGAAAUGGGCAUUGAGUCUGAGAAGGUGCCAUACUCUGACGGUCAUGAUGAAGUAUUUGCCUUUGAUAAGAUGGAUGUAGUAAACGAAGACAUGGGGCAUGAUAUUUAUGAUGGAUCACAUGACGUUCGUGAUGUUGAGUUCACUAGAAGUUCUACAGUUGAGUGUGUAACUGCUGAUUCCAAAGAUUCUGGCUGUCCCAAUAUUGUGAUGGAAGUUGGUCCAACCACUGAAGCUUCUCAUGUUAGGGGUGAUUUUUCUGAAAUCAAUAGUUUAGAAGACAUGGAACUUUGUUUGAAAUGUGGGUGCAAGUACUAUGUUUCGAAUGAGGUGGAAAGGCAAAUUAGACUUUGUCCAGAAUGCAGUAGGAAAGAUAAACUUCUGAGUGUCCUGAUUCUGGAGAGAGAAGUAGUUCCUGAAAAGUCCCCACCUUUGUAUGAAAAAAAUUUGGAAGAAGAAAAGCCUUUAGAUGAAAUGGAAACUGUGAUAGUUGUACCUGGGUCUCCUCAGGUGAAUGAUCAGGAGGAACCAAAGAAUUCCCUUGGUGAAGAGAAUGCUGAUCAAGGCCAAAUUACCUACAAUGAGCGAAUUCAUAAUGGCUUAGAAGAUGACUCUCUUGCAAUGCCACUUGUGAAGGGAGGUGACAAUGGGCUUUCCGAGCAGCAAGAGUCGCACUCCUUAUCUCUUGGUAGUGCCCUACCUAACAGUGAUACUGGGUUUCAGAAAUCACAUUAUUCUAACAACUAUUCAAAUAUGAGGGUUGACAUUUCAGAAGGUACAGGCAUUUCCAUACUGCUGAAGAGAACUAGCAGUAGCAAGGGGGCUGCUGUUCAGGGUAGGACUUUCACAGCCACUGCCAUACCUUAUGAGGAUCUGUCAUAUGCUAGAACUAGUUCUAACAGUAUGAGAAGCUCCAUUGGGCAUGGUAGUUUCUCUGCAUCAUCUUCAGUUGAUUAUAGUCCAUCUAGACAAACAGAGGCCCGUGUGCAGCGGCAAUUGAGUGGCAAGAAAUCAGAAAAGGAGUAUAACAGACAUGAAACAAACAUGAAGCCCCAAAGCAUUGGGUUAUCAGACUUGGAGAAUUUUAGACAUGACACAAGCAUGAAGCACCGAAGAAUUGGGUCAUCGCCCCAUGGACCUCCAAAUUAUUCUCACGAAGUGUUAGGUCUUUCUUCAGACACAAUUGAUAACGAUUUUGAGGGUACUGUUGGAAAUGGGGAAUAUGAUGGUGCAGAAGGGACACACACAACAUAUGAAGAAUACUUGCCAACUUCAGACUGUAUGGAAGCAGAUGUUACCACAACUUCUACCAGGACAACUGUUGUUGAAGAGGAUGAGGAAAUCAUUGUUAGAAGCACCAGAGCUGAUGCUUCUACUUCAGAAAUUUCGAGCCACACAGCUAACACUUUGUUAGAGAACAAUACAGUGGCAAUGUUUCCCAUAUGUGAAAAUUCAAAUGAAUACAGUGAAGACUUGCAAAACAACACGAGGAGUGUUACAGGUAUAGAAGCAUCAGCUAUAGAUCCUGAGUCAUCAUUAUUGAACAAGGAAAAUAUCAUGCAAGACAGCAGGAUUAAUGGAGUGGAUGUUGAAGAGAUCACUAAUCACAGCUCUUUGAUUACAGUAUCAGAAAUAGAAACUGGAAAAGGUUUUCACAGCACUUCUGUUUCCAUUAGCGAUGAUGCUUCACUUGAAUCAAAGAGUACCAUGGAGGACUUUCAGGAGCCUUCAACUCCAAAUCCUUCUGAGAGUAAUCUGACAUCUUCUAUUCCAGAGACCACCACCACCAAUCAUACACAUGGCAUCCUAGAAGAGGAAUCAACAGUAAUGGUUGAGUGUCAAGGCCGAAGCAAAGCAAGAAGCCUAACACUGGAAGAGGCAACUGAUACGAUACUCUUAUGCAGCUCCAUUGUCCAUGAUCUGGCCUACCAGGCUGCAACAAUAGCAAUAGAAAAGGAGCAGUCAGUACCAUUAGAAGGUUCGCAGCCUACGGUUACAAUACUGGGGAAAUCCACUCCCGAGAGAAAGGAAUCGCGUGGCAGAAUCGUCAGUAGACGCUCUGUAAAAUCUCAAAAGGGUAGGCAAAAGCGGUUGGAAACAGAUGCAGGAUCCCUUGCAAGUAAGACUGAGAAUGACGAGAAUGAGAAUGAGAAUGUUGACGAGUCUUUGCAACAACGGCCUGUAGGGCUUCCUCCUAACAAGUCAGACGGCAUGAAGCCCCCAAAGCUGGAAUCCAAGUGCAACUGCACGAUAAUGUGAAAGUAUUUAUCUCGUGCCAGCCCUGCUCACAGUGCCCGCCUUGCACUUUUGGCCACUCCGUUAAGUGUUUCCUAGGGAGGUGAUACCGCCGAGUACUUGUAUUUUAGUGAUUGAAAUGUUUGAAGGGCUGUUUGGGCGGUUGCCAAUUGUUUGUGUUGGUCGAUAAUCCUAUAUAUCUGUAAGAAUGCCACGCUGUUUUGAUGACGUAAUUGUAAAGUUUUCGCUUGUCAUUAGGCUGAUAAUAGUGAGAGAUAGAGAGAGAGGCAUUGGAGGUUUAAUUUGUGUUUUGCUCCAGCCUCCAGUUCCCACAUUCUUGUUAGUGAAUCAGUGAUUCCCUGCUCUCUGGUUCAGGUCCUCCGUUAGAGCAAGUGUGAAAGCAAACCCAUUCAUUCAUAUUCGUUAUGAUUUGUUUCC